CCACACAUUGGGCUCCUGUUCCCCAAUCCCCCAGGUGACUCCCAGCCAUGAAGACACUUGUCCUCCUCUCUGCCCUUUUCCUGCUGGCCUUCCAAGUCCAGGCUGAUCCUAUCCAAAAAACAGAUGAAGAGACUAAUACUGAGGUGCAGCCAGAGGAAGAGGAGCAGGCUAUGUCUGUCUCCUUUGGAAAUCCAGAAGGCUCUGAUCUUCAAGAAGAAUCGUUGAGAGAUCUGGGAUGCUAUUGUAGAAAAAGAGGCUGCACAAGAAGAGAACGCAUUAAUGGGACCUGCAGAAAGGGUCAUUUAAUGUACACACUCUGCUGCCUCUGAACAUGGAGACCCCAGAGGACAAGACUUCCAUGAGCACUGAGGCCACUGAUGCUGGGGCCUGAUGUCCACUUCUCAAUAAAUUGUCCGCAGUA